AUGCAAUUGUAAUAAUUUAUUGUAAAAGACGAAUUUUAAAAGAAAGUAUUUUUUUUAAGGUAUUUCUUAGGUCAUAGAAUCACUUUCUCAUGAACUUAAAACACCUUUAAAUAGUUCAAUAAACUUUAUUAAAUCUGCAAUAGCCAAUGAGUAAUUACCAUUAUCUAUUAAAGAAUAAUGUUUGGAACCUGCAUCAAUUGCAUUACAAUUGUAAUCGUAUAUAAUCAAUGAUGUAAUAGACUUUUCAUAAUUUUACAAUAAUAGUUUGGAUGUUUGUGUAAAAGAAUUUGAAAUAAAAGAUGUAAUAAGUGAAAUUACAAGCAUUUUCAAUUUAUAGUUUUAGGAAAAAGGAUUGAAUUUUGUAAUCGAUUUAACUAAGAAUACUUCAACCCGUAUGUCAACUGAUUAUAAUAGACUUAUGUAAAUUUUGGUAAAUGUAAUUUAAAAUUCAUUAAAAUACACAUAUAAAGGUGGGGCAAUUUUAAAAAUAAAAAAUUUGGUAGAUGAUGUAAUUUAGUUUUCUGUUUCAGAUACUGGAAUUGGUAUUAAAUCAGAUAUGAUUAAAAAGUUAAACACUUAUGUGAAUUAAGUUGAAAAUUUAAAACAUAUUUCAAAAUUAAAAUCAUGGAAUGGAAUUGGUUUACUUAUUUCAAGUAUUUUAUUACAUUAAUUGAAUCCUUAAUUAUAAGAAACUUUUUCAAUAAAAUCUAAAUUAAAUAAAGGAACAAAAUUCAAAUUUAAAAUUAAAUAAAUUUUGAUUGAUGAACUCAAUAAUUUCACUGAUGACAUCUCAAAUAAAAAAUCUGUUAAAUUUCUUAGAAACUCAAAAAAGAACUAUCAUAAUAAUUUAGUUGGCACAGUUAUCUAUGGUAAUGAAAAUGCAUUAACUUCUUCGAAUCUUGGAUUAAAUGGUAAGUAAAUAACUUCAUUGAAUAGGAUGUUAAAAGCAAGUACUGAUUAUGAUUAAUAAUCUAUUGAAUCUGAGAACAAAUAAUAGAAUUUAUCUGAACAAUAUAUUUUAUUGGAAAAUUAAUAACACAAUUUUAUCUUAAAUAUAAAAAAUGAAAAGCAAUUGAGUGGAUCUUUAGAAUAGCAAUCUAUUAAAUCAUCAUCGAUGAAGUAAUAAAUAUUUUUCAAUAUUAGAUCAAGAAUUUUAAGUUAUACUUAGUUAAAAAUGAUGGAAAGAUAAAGUAAUGAUUCUGCAUUACAAAACUUUAAGAACAAAUUAUGUUGUAAAUGUAGAAGGAUUAUGUCUGUUGAUGAUGAAAUUUUUAAUUAAAAUUCAAUAAAAUUAUUAAUAGAGAGAUUUGGUUUUGAAGUGAUAAUUGUAAAUUUAGAUUUCUUAUAUAAGGUAUAUAAUGGUUUUGAGGCAAUUUAAAAAAUAUAGUAAUUAUAAAAAUGUUCAUAAGAAUGCGAACUUUUGAAUUUCAUUUUAAUGGAUUAUUCUAUGCCAAUAAUGGAUGGUAUUGAAUGUACAAUUUAAUUAAAGAGAAUGAUGAAAGAAAAAAUAAUUCCAAAUAUAAAUAUUAUAGGAUUAACUGCAUUUACUAGUAAAUUAGAGAUUGAAAGUUGUCUAAAUGCUGGAAUGCUUGAGGUACUUUUCAAACCUUUAAAGCUCAAUGACUUUUGUGAGCUACUAACAUUAUUAUGA